AUGACUUCAUCCCCAGUCGCGCUUAUUACAGCUGGGAGCGCAGGCCUAGGUGCUGCCGCCGCCAAGCUUUUCUCCAAGCAUGGCUACCGAGUGGCUGUCAAUUACAAUAACAAAGCCGAGCGCGCCAACAUCCUUGUGGAGGAACUGGCGGGGUUGUCUACGCUACCAGCCGCAGGUGGAAAUGACAAGAAUUUCGUGGCCAUCAAGGCUGACCUGGCCAGCCGGGAUGAUAUCAAGCGGCUUGUCGAUGAAGUAGUGACCGAGAUGGGACGAUUGGACGUUGUCUUCUCCAAUGGUGGCUGGACCAAGUUUCGGGAUAUGAAUAGUAUUGAUGACAAUGUUUUCGAGGAGGACUGGGACCGCGCCUUCAACAUGAACGUCAAGGCCCAUUUAUGGCUGAUGCACGCGGCACGGAAGCACCUGGACAAGACCGAGGGCUGCUUCAUUACGACUGCAUCCCUGGCGGGUGUCAGUGUCAGCGGAAGCUCUCUGGCUUAUGGUGUGACAAAAGCGGCUCAGAUCCAACUGGUCAAGUCACUUGCCGUCAUGGCGGCUCCCAAUAUCAGAGUGAACAGUGUUUCCCCUGGAUUACUGCUCACAGAAUGGGGUGAUAGAUUCACAGACCAGCAGAAGGAGGCCCAUCGUCAGAAGACGAAACUCAAACGGAUCGUAACCGUUGAGGAUGUUGCUGAGCAAGUACUCGGGCUUGCCAAGAAUAGAAGCAUGACUGGCGUGAAUGUGUUGAUGGAUGCAGGUUUCAACUUGACGUAG